UUUCCCGGAUUCGCGCGCUAGAGAGAAAAAAAAAGGCACUGCGCACGCGCGACGCCCGGGCCUUUUCCGCACAUGCGCAGUAGUCCCAUGCAUGCUGCCGGGGUCUGUAGCUAGUUAUCACUGGUUUCAUUGUAACACACCAGCAGGGUCCCGGGACGGCGUAGACUCCGGCUAAGCAAAAUGUUAUCCCGGGCUGCUCUGAGUGGUCGUAGCCGCUGCAACGCGCGGUAUCUCUUUUCCCGUGUUCGGACCACGGCGUCCUCAUCUCAUCUAAAAUAUGUUCCUGCCUCCAGCCCUGCUCGGCAACCUCGCCGCCACUGGAGCAAUAUCCCUUUCCUGACCAUGCCACUCAUGCGCUCGCAUGGAAAGCCGUUUGCACACCGCAGUGAGCUGAAGCACGCUAAGCGCAUCGUGGUGAAGCUAGGAAGUGCUGUGGUGACACGAGGCGACGAGUGCGGAUUGGCUCUUGGACGUUUGGCAUCCAUUGUAGAGCAGGUGUCUGUGCUACAAAACCAAGGCCGGGAAAUGAUGAUCGUCACCAGCGGCGCUGUAGCGUUUGGGAAACAGCGUCUCCGCCAUGAAAUCCUCUUGUCGCAGAGCGUGCGGCAAGCACUGCACUCGGGACAGAACCAGCUGAAAGACAUGCAAGUACCCGUGCUGGAGGCUCGCGCUUGUGCAGCAGCUGGCCAGAGCGGACUUAUGGCACUUUAUGAGGCCAUGUUUACCCAGUACAGCAUUUGUGCAGCACAGAUUUUAGUCACAAACCUGGAUUUCCACGAUGAGCAGAAAAGACGGAAUUUGAACGGCACGUUACACGAGUUACUCCGGAUGAACAUUGUACCUAUCAUUAACACCAACGAUGCGGUUGUUCCUCCGCCGGAACCAAACAGUGAUCUCCAGGGGGUAAAUGUGAUCAGCAUUAAGGACAAUGACAGCCUAGCGGCACGACUGGCUGUUGAAAUGAAAGCAGACUUAAUAAUCGUUCUGUCUGAUGUAGAAGGGCUUUUCGACAGCCCACCCGGGUCAGAUGAUGCCAAACUUAUUGACAUUUUUUAUCCGGGUGAUCAGCAGUCUGUGAAUUUUGGCGCCAAAUCGAGAGUCGGUAUGGGUGGCAUGGAGGCAAAGGUGAAAGCGGCUCUGUGGGCGCUUCAGGGCGGCACCUCUGUUGUCAUUGCCAACGGAACUCAUCCUAAAAUUUCCGGACAUGUGAUCAGCGAUAUUGUGGAGGGGAAAAAGGUUGGCACGUUCUUUUCAGAAGUAAAACCAGCCGGACCCACUGUGGAGCAGCAGGCAGAAAUGGCCCGGUCUGGCGGGCGGAACUUGGCGGCGCUGCAACCAGAGCAGAGGGCAGAAAUAAUUUAUCACCUUGCUGACUUACUGACGGAUCACAGGGAUGAAAUUCUCUUUGCUAAUAAGAAGGACAUGGAAGAGGCUGAGGAUAAAGGAAGACUGGCCCUUCCUCUUCUGAAACGUCUCAGCCUCUCUACAGCGAAGCUGAACAGCUUAGCCAUAGGACUUAGACAGAUCGCAGCUUCCUCCCAGGACAGUGUCGGGCGUGUGAUCCGUAGAACGCAGAUUGCUAAGGACUUACAGCUGGAGCAGGUGACCGUGCCGAUCGGAGUCCUGUUGGUUAUUUUUGAGUCUCGGCCAGACUGCCUUCCACAGGUUUCAGCUCUGGCCAUCUCCAGCGGCAACGGCCUUCUACUGAAAGGAGGAAAAGAAGCUUCUAACAGCAACCAGACUCUGUACCGCCUUACCCAAGAGGCGCUGUCUAUUCAUGGCGUAAAAGAUGCAAUCCAGCUGGUGAACACCAGAGAGGAGGUUGAGGAUCUGUGCCGACUAAAUAACCUGAUUGAUCUGAUCAUUCCACGUGGCUCCUCUGAGCUGGUCAGGGACAUACAGAAGGCAGCUAAAGGAAUCCCAGUAAUGGGACACAGUGAAGGAAUAUGUCACGUAUAUGUGGACACUGAAGCCAGUGUGGAGAAGGUGACGAGGAUUGUGCGGGACUCAAAGUGUGACUACCCUGCUGCCUGCAAUGCAAUGGAGACGCUGCUGAUCCACAGAGAUGUACUGAGAACACCGCUGUUUGAUCAGAUUAUUGACAUGCUGAGAGUGGAACAGGUAAAAAUCCAUGCUGGUCCCAAGUUUGCCUCCUAUUUGACCUUCAGCCCCUCAGAAGUCAAAUCCCUGCGUACGGAAUAUGGAGAUCUGGAGUGCUGCAUUGAAGUGGUGGAUGGAGUACAAGAUGCUAUUGCACAUAUUCACAAAUAUGGCAGUUCUCAUACAGAUGCCAUAAUCACGGAGAAUGAAGACACAGCUGAGUAUUUCCUCCAGCACGUGGACAGCGCCUGUGUGUUUUGGAACAGCAGCACUAGGUUUUCGGAUGGUUACCGGUUUGGACUUGGGGCAGAAGUUGGCAUCAGCACGGCCAGGAUCCAUGCACGCGGUCCUGUAGGAAUAGAGGGGCUCCUCACCACAAAGUGGUUACUGCGGGGGGAGAACCACGUGGUCUCUGACUUCUCUGAACAAGGGAGUAUGAAGUAUCUCCAUGAGAAUAUUCCUGUGCCACAGAGACUCAGCAGCUAAAACCCAGACUGGCUGCUUAGCUCCACCAGUACACGCCUCCCUUUGUGUCAGGAUAAGAAGGGGGGAUUCCACUAUAAAUAGCCCCUGUACUAAACUUCUUCCAAUUCCAGCAGUGAUUUUGGGGAGAGGAGCGUCCUCCAGUGCUUGCAAUUAGAGCUGCUCUGUCAGAUUUCCACUGCUAAGUAAAGCACUGAGUAGUUGAUCAGCAGAGGCCCUGGAUAUAUCCGUGUGCCGAGUCUAAAUAAAUGUAGCAAUUGGUUUAGGUACCAGGAGAAGAACCUUUGCCAAUGUUUUAUUAAGGGGGAGAGAGAAGCAGUACUUGGUGUUAUUUAAAGUGGAAAAGCCCUGUAAAUAAAUGGUAAUUAUGCUGAAAGCUAGGCUGUCUCCUCCACGUGGGAAAAUUAAACUAUGCACCUUAGUAAAAUAGUAGGAAGCUGUAAUAAUGAAUUGUCCGACCUCUCUGUAGCGGCACUGUGACCUGUGCACCUAUUCUCACUGUGGGUUUUGACCAUUUCACAAGCUUUUAUUUCCAUAUAAUCAUGAUCUUGUGGGGCAGAUGUAUUAACCUGGAGAAGGCAUAAGGAAGUGAUAAAC